AUGUCAAAUUUGACAAAGCUGGAAUUCGUGGCCCUGGAUAUUUCUGGCAAAAAUUAUUUAUCAUGGAUUUUGGAUGCUCAGAUCCAUUUGGAUGCCAUGGGCUUUGGAGACACAAUUAAAGAAAAGAAUGAUGCAUCAUUGCAAGAUAAAGCAAAGGCCAUGAUUUUUCUCCGGUGUCAUAUUAGUGAGGAACUGAAAAAUGAAUACCUCACUGAAAGAGAUCCACUUUGUUUGUGGAACAAUUUGAAAGACAGAUAUGAUCAUCAAAAAACAGUUAUCCUCCCAAAGGCCAGGGCUGAUUGGCUGCAACUGAGGUUGCAAGAUUUCAAAACUGUGGCUGAAUAUAACUCUGCCCUAUUCAAAAUCAGCUCUACAUUGAAAUUAUGUGGUGAUACUGUUACUGAUGAACUUCUGCUAGAAAAAACAUUCACCACAUUUCACACCUCGAAUGUACUCUUGCAACAACAAUAUCGAGAGCGUAGAUUUAAAAAAUAUUCAGAGCUGAUAUCAUGUUUUCUUGUGGCAGAACAAAAUAAUGAACUUUUAUUGAGAAACCACCAGUCCCGUCCAACUGGAUCGACACCGAUCCCAGAAACAUAUGUUGCCUCAUCCAGUGGUCGUGGACGCGGACGUGGACGUGGUCGUGGUGGUAGAAAUGAAUAUGGUCGUGGCAAAAAUAACUACCACAAUAAUGAAUAUGGUCGUGGUAGAAAUCAUUCUUAUUAUCGUGAAGGAUAUCAAUCCUCACAUUUUCGCAAUUAG